AUGGCCGUGACCAUGUGGGCCAUGAUGUCCAUGAUGUCCAUGAUGACCAUGAUGAGCACCGUGAUGACCGUGAUGACCGUGAUGGCCGUGAUGGCCGUGAUGUCCAAAGCGACCAUGUGGACCAUGACCAUGUGGACCGUGACCAUGUGGACCGUGACCAUGAGGACCAAAGUGUUGACCAGGGUGCAUGGGUGGAGCUGGUUGGUAGUAAUACUGUUGCUGUGGAUGCUGACCAUGGGCACAGGGUGCGGCAUUACCAGGAGCUGCAGAACAAACUGGAUAAAUUGGAGCAACAGAUGGUGA